ACAGCAGAAACCCAGAGGCGCCAACUUUACUUUUUCAAAAUGGCGCUCUCAUUUUACUCACUACAAAACUCUCUCUCCUCCCUCACAUUCACCCCGAAGAACCCUCUCUCUCUCUCUGAGUCUCCGACCCAAAACCUCGGGACUCACAGAUUCAAACAGCGCCAGCCAUGGCGGACAAGGAGAACUGCCUGCGCUUCACGAGGUCGAUAAAGAGGAGGGCCGAGGCUGCAGUGACCCCGGAGCAGCGGGCCACCAAAAAACGCGUGGUGUUGGGAGAGCUCCCGAAUGCCGUCGUUCCGGCGAAUAAAGUGUCCGGGGCGGAGAAGCAGAUCCAGAAACGCGGCGCCAAAGGCAAGGCGAAGAAAGCAGUGCCCCUGACCAAAACGAUACAGCAGCCGGAGACGGCCAAGGACGUUGAUGCGGCGUCGGAUGACCCCCAAAUGUGUGCGCCGUAUGCUCGUGACAUUUAUGAGUAUCUUCAGAAGCUCGAGGAGGAUGAAGAUCGAAGACCUUCACCCGAUUACAUGACAAAGAUUCAAAAGGAUGUCACUGCCAAUAUGAGAGGAGUCUUAGUGGACUGGUUGGUUGAUGUUGCAGAGGAAUGUGAACUCCUUUCUGACACUCUUUUCCUCACCGUUAUGUAUAUUGAUAGAUUCCUAUCUGUGAAUGUUCUCAAUCGGAAGAGGCUUCAGUUACUCGGUGUUUCUUCAAUGCUCAUUGCCUCAAAGUAUGAAGGGAUCAGCCCUCCACAUGUAGAACAAUUUUGCUACAUAACUGAUAAUAGGUAUGAUAGGGACGAGGUGUUAGCAAUGGAGGCUGAUAUACUGAAGUCCUUAAAUUUCAACUUGGGAAAUCCGACAAUAAAGACAUUACUAAGGAGAUUCACUACAUUUGCUCAAGAGAGCUACAAAGAUCCUAAUCUACAGUUAGAAUUUUUGGGAUACUACCUGGCAGAGUUAAGUUUGUUAGAUUAUGAAUGUGUUAAGUUUUUGCCUUCUUUGGUGGCUGCGUCGGUUACAUUUCUUGCAAGAUUUAUGAUCCGACCGAAGGACCAUCCUUGGACUUUGUCCCUGCAACGAUAUUCUGGAUAUAAACCAGCUGAUUUGAAGGAAUGCGUUCUUCUCAUAUACGACUUGCAUUGUAAUAAAAGAGGAGCGUCUCUACAAUCCAUAAGAGCAAAGUACAAACAGCAUAAGUUCAAAUGCGUCGCAACCAUUUCUUCUCCUGCAGAAGUACCAUCUAACUAUUUUGAAGAUCCGAAAGAAUUUAACUUUAGCUGUGAGAUGAAUCCGGGAGGCAGUUAGUUUGUCAAAAUCCGUUCUGAUGAUGCAGCUGCUUACGUUAAUCGUUGUGAUAUAAUUUCGUAGGGUUUCAACUCUCAAUGGUUUUGCUUAGAAAGUCCCCACUACCAGUAGGGUUUUAGUUUUCUUUGAUCGUAGGUUAUUUGUUAGUCGAGAGAAGUUAGGUUGAUGCUUAAAGGGUGUGAAAGCUUGUAAUAUUCCAUGUGUUUUCAAUCCCUAGAAAUUUAGAAAUGGUGUUUAUAAAUCCCAGUCUCGUAUUUUAUCUUUUUU